GUCCACGCGCCGAAAGUAGCACAGACGCAGAGAGAGGGAAAGAGUAGAGGGCAUCAUUUUAUCACAUAGCAGACAGUGCGCGCAUUUACGCAGGGGGAAAAAGCCUACGAUGAAGCGGAAUUUACUUUGAACUACCAGAUGAGAAGAACAAGUAGGCUGUGCAAUAACUUAUUAGGUUAAGUUCUUUUUGUUGUUUUACAACUGCUCUGUUUUGGAGUUUUCAAUUUUUCACCUGAGUUUUACUUUCGGCGCUGUUCAAAUGUGCUGGAGUUAUAUUAUCAUUCGCAGAUAAUAUAUCAUCAAAAUGAGAGCUCAAAUCGAAGUAAUCCCCUGCAAGAUUUGCGGGGACAAGUCAUCGGGCAUCCACUAUGGGGUGAUCACUUGUGAAGGCUGCAAGGGCUUCUUCCGCCGAAGUCAGCAGAACAAUGCGAUAUACUCCUGCUCGAGGCAGAGGAACUGUCUUAUUGACCGAACCAAUCGCAACCGUUGCCAGCACUGCCGCUUGCAGAAGUGUCUGGCACUGGGCAUGAGCCGCGAUGCGGUGAAGUUUGGCCGCAUGUCAAAAAAGCAGCGCGACAGCCUCUAUGCCGAGGUUCAGAAGCACCAGCAGUCCCAGGAGCGGGCAGGGGUUCUGAGCAAUGGUGGACCCGGCCACGCUGGUGAUGAGGCUGGGGAGAACGGGAUCAGCCAUGGCCGGGCUUACAGCCGGGGCUCCAGCACCACUCUUAGCGACCUGGAUGACAUAACCACGCUACCAGACGGUCUCCUGUUGGAUCUGCCGCUCACACCGGAGGAAGCCGCCGACUACUGCAGCCUAGAGCUGCUGGGGGGAAGCGGUGGGAGCAGUUCGUCCUCCCAGAGUUCUCCUGAGCCCAGCAGACAUGAAUUUAGUGACGUGACACACAUCAAACACGAGUACCAGACCCUGCACGAGUCGGGACUCUUCACUCGCUCAUUACUUAACCCACCUGAAGGCUGUUCAUUGAUGGAAAUUGAACGGAUUACACAGAAUGUGGUUAAAUCCCACAUCGAGACAAGUCAGUACAGCUCAGAAGAACUGAAGAGAUUGGCUUGGACCCUCUAUACACAUGAGGAGAUACGUGUCUACCAAAACAAGUCCACAGAGACGUUGUGGCAGCAGUGUGCUGUGCACAUCACGAACGCCAUCCAGUAUGUGGUGGAGUUUGCCAAGCGUAUCUCUGGAUUCAUGGACUUGUGUCAAAAUGACCAGAUUAUCCUUCUAAAAGCAGGCUGCUUGGACGUGCUGUUGAUCCGAAUGUGUCGGGCCUACAACCCAAUCAACAACACGCUGUUGUUCGAUGGAAAAUUCACGAGCCCGCAGCUAUUUAAAGCGCUCGGCUGUGAUGAUCUGGUGAGUGCUGUGUUUGAGAUGGCUAAAACCCUGAGCCGGCUACAGCUGUCUGAAGAGGAGAUGGCUCUGUUUACCGCCACUGUGCUUCUGUCUCCAGACCGACCUUGGUUGACAGAUGUCCAGAAGGUGAAGAAACUUCAGGAGAAGGUCUAUGUUGCGUUGCAACACUGGCUUCAUAAAAGUGGUGCCAAUGAGGACAAACUUUCUAAGAUGGUGUCCAAGUUACCCAUGAUGAAGUCCAUUAGCAACCUCCAUAUUGAUAAGCUGGAGUUUUUCCGCCUCCUUCACCCAGAAACGGCCUACAACUUCCCUGCUCUCUACAGAGAGGUUUUCUGCAGCGAGAUCACUUUCCCAGACUCCACUGAGGGCUAACGUUCAUUAAAGUGUCAAAUUGGCUCUGAUGAGAGAGAGAGAGAGGGAGAGAAACAUCAAGAAAGACAGGGAAUGGAAAUAGAAGGUAGAUGUGUUUGAGAAAAACCAGCAACAUACUGACAAUCUUGCACAUUACACUUUAGGUCUCCAUCUGUAUCCUCCCUCCUGAUGGAGUGCUUCACUCCACUAUUUGAACAGGACCCAGAUUUCUUAUGAGACACUUUUAAACGACAGCAGUCAUUUAAGGUGCUAGUUUCCAUUACUCAUGUUACCGACAUAUAGUGACUCAAACAGAGUACAUAAUACAUGAAAGUGUACUCGAUUAAACCUGGAGCCUAGAUCUCCCUUAAAAAUGAAGUGCUUGAAAAGUGGAUAUUUCCCUGGACCAUUUUCCAAGUACUCUUAGGAUAAGAACUUUGAAUGUAACCCAACUGACAAGUGGCAAAGCCUCAGGAUUAAGACAGAAUGUAUUAUGUAUUCCUGCCCCAUAUGUAAAACAAGCUCUUGAGACUUGGUUACUGUAGAGAAACAGUUUUGAAUCCGUGAGAAACUGUUUGAUGGGACCAAUGCAUACACACCUGAGGUCGUAAACGCCACAUGAGCACCUUCACGUUCACAGACUCAACACUAACGUGCAGCGCACACGUGCAUGUGGUGUGUUGUCUUUUGAGCUCUUUAUUUUUGCAUAUAAAUUUAAAAGAUGCAACUAAACUAACAAAAACCUCAUCCUUAAUACCCUUUCCCACACAAAUGCCACUUGGAUAAAGAUAUUAGAUGAUAUUUUGAUAUCCUCAUUUGAUCAGAAACCACCUGUAUGUAGAACGAUAUAUGUAUUUGAGAAUAUAUUUAUAAACAGAGCCUGUAGAUAGCGUAUGUAGGCAGAGGACUAACUAAAUCGAAAGUUGCACCUUGGAGUGAAUGUCCUCAAGCCCCUUCAAAGACUUUCCAACCAUACCUGUGGAAUUCUGGGGCUGGAGUUGGAAUUGGCAUGAAAGGCGGACAGCACUUAAAUACUCCACAAAAAAGGACUUUGCAGGAGCGGGACUUUGCUGUCGCCCACAUUAGAUGGCAGAAAGACAAUGGCACUAUGAGGGAGACUUUCUGAAGUCAGAUUCUCCAUGUGAGCGUGUGGCAAACCACUCAAACGGAGAACGCAAAGAACAUUGAAGUAAGCUGCUGGAAGGAACCAUAUAUUUUCAGAGACAACGGACAACCUGAGCUUGCCGUCAAUCGCCAGGACACCGCGGAAAUGACGAAAUUGAGACUUUUUCUGUUUCAGCUGUGAGGAAAAGUGGAUUUACAGGCCAUACCUCAUGCUUUGCAUUGUGUCUGAUGUGCGGAUCAGUGUUCUGUUGUUGUGUGAUUUGUUUUGUUUUUCCCCUUUAUCCUUUGUGUUCACAUAUAGUACAACUAUUGGUUGACAGAGUCAUCAGCUACCCCCCUGAGUUAGGGAAUACUAUGGUUAGUUUGUGUUCCAAAACUUUGCAGUUCAAUUCAAAGGACAAAAAAAGUAUGCUAUCUGUCGGCGCAGUUUAAUAGCAGCCUCCAUUCUUCUGAGUCAAGAAGACAAGAUUGGUCUCUCAGGGGAGAUUUAGGAGUGGUCCAGAAAGCAGAAUACCAACUGAAGCUCCAAAAAGGGCUUUUCAAAACCCCUCAGUGUCCAGUUCUAGCUUUCGUGAGAUUACAGGGUAUGAAAUAUCUUUCGAUGGAUUGAUAAGUUUCCUGACAAUUAAACUUAACAAGCUUGCCUAAUGUUUCAUGUUUGCACUGCUGGAACAGUGCCUAGCUGUAGAUUUUAUAUAGUUGGUAUAAAACACAUUUUCUGGGUGCUUAAUACAGUAUCGUAAUGUCUGCCCGUGCAAUAAUCAGUCUUUCCAUUUUUAGUAUUGACGGCCCUCACAAGCCAAGGAUCUCCUUGGAUUUCAUAAGCACUCCAGAUCAUUUAACACCUCCUCGCUAAGUUCUGUCAAAGUUUUCUUUAUUUUUUUACUCUUUUCUAGUAUUAACUGACUUUAAUUGACGUGUGAAGGCGGGGAAAGAUUGUAACAAGGUGCAAUUACUUUGUAAAAACCAUUUCGAUUUUUGUGGAGUGUAACUCGCAGCCCUGCAAACUGCCACAAGCGUCCGCCCCGUCCUUGAGGGUAGUUCUGGAAGUGUGCGUUUACAUCUACACUCAGUCACUCAGGGAGAUAGCUGGGUUCUCUGUCCUAAAAUGUCUUCUUCAGUUAGCCUAGCAAGACACCUUGCACCAAAUAGAAGACCUUAAACCUUGAUCACUGUGUACGGUAACUUUUCUUGUGAAUGUUAAUUGCAGAAGUAUCAAAGACUUUUACCCCUGUCUUAUAUCAGUGCUAUUGGAGAUCUUUCUCAGUUUGAAUUGGUUAAAAAAAAAGAAUAGGAUCAAAGCUAUAUUAAGGAUGAAUAUAAUCUUUGAAUCUAGUGUUGUUGUGUUUUAUAUUUGUUUAUUUUUUUCGUGAUAUUUUCUUUCUUCAUUUCGGUAAUUUUCUGUAACGUUUUCUCACCCGUCUAGUGUCAUCCUUUGUCUUGAAGAAUUAAAAUCCUAUUUUUUUUAAAAGAGCAUUUUUAAGCAGGAAGUCCUCCAAAAGAGUCUUUAUUCUUUGCCAUGAUCCUUCUGUGGUUGUUUCAGUUUUAACUUCAUUUUUAAGUAAAUAAAUCAUAUUAUAGAUUUUAAGGAAUAUAAUUUUAUAUGUUAUGGGUACAGAGGAUAAAACAAACAUUAAAGAGUAAUUAUUGUACAAUGAGGAUGGAUCACAUGGAUUACAGAAUGUAAUAAAGGUCUUUUUACUUUA